AUGAUAGCUCUUGAACAAUGGAAAUCGUUCCUCAAAGUCACUAAAUUGACUACUGGAUCGUUUGAGAUAAUUUUGAACUCUUUUCUGAUCCUCCUCAUCAUUUUUCGAUCUCCAAAACACCUUGGAGCUUAUAAGUACCUCAUGAUCUAUAUCUCAUUGGUCGAAAUCGUUUAUUCCAUACUAGAAAUGAUAACCGAACCACAUGUUUUCACACAUGGACCCACACUAACCAUAUUGCGUUACUUCAAAUAUUCCAGAAUUCGAAGAACCCAAGGAUUCUAUCUUAUAGUCGUGUACGGUGGAACUUUUGGUCAAGCUCUAGCCCUAUUUGGUGUUCAUUUCAUCUAUCGGUAUGGUGCAGUUGAUAAUGUGUUCCGUAAGAAAUAUCUGGGGGAACGUAAACUAUUCAUUCUAUUUUUAAUACCAUUAAUCUAUGCUGUAUGGUGGUCGAGUAUAGUUUUUUUCUUUUUUCGACCUAGUACCGAAUCGGAUGAAUACUUAAGAAUUCCCCUUCUUCAAAAAUACGACACCAAGGUUGAAGACAUAUCAUACAUAAUAGUGAAAUUCUAUGAACUUAACGAAAAUGGGUACCUCGAACCGGUAUGGUCCACGUUUUUUGGAAUGAGUUGUACCUGGGUCAUGUUGUCUACAUCGUUCUCUUGUGUAUUCUAUUUUGGCAUUAAGUGCUACACACAAACCACGAAAGUCCUGAAAAAGUCCAGAAUGUCUUCCUACUACGCUAGAUCGAUUCAGCAACAGUUGUUUCAAGCGUUGGUCAUGCAGACUCUCAUUCCAGUUAUACUGGUGUAUCUACCAGUCGGAAUCACACAUUAUUUUCCGAUGGUCAAUAUGGAAAUUGGUUUAUAUGCUAGCGUUUUGAUAGCCACAAUUUCGAUAUAUCCAGCUUUAGACCCAUUGCCAACAAUGUUUAUUGUGGAAAAUUACAGAAAAACAAUAAUGUGUAAAAAACUACACGGCUAUCUUAAUAUAGGGAAUCUUAGAGGAAUUGUGUUUAUAAACGCCCCACCGAUCACUGUACACCGUCAGGUCUAA